UUCAUCCAGGUUAUGCAAGACUGACUGAAUUCAUAAAAAUCACAUCUUCAAAGGUGGACAUCUUCAAUAAAUAUAAACAUGAAGAACUGGAACAUCAUACCAAAUUUAUUACAGACUUUGCCCAGUCAAUAUGUACAGGAUUUGGAGAAUAUAAUGAACUUUUUAAGACUAAGAGACUUUUCCCUAGAGGUAGCUACUUUGAGAAAACAAAGAUUGUCAGUCCUACAGAAUAUGAUUUUCUUACUGUGUUAGCUCUGUCUGAUGAUGUGUCAGUUGAGGUGUGUGAUGUAUUGGACAGUCGAUGUUCAGGAAAAGGAUACCAUGUUGUUAAGAUUCAUCCUGGACCAUUACAGCAAUGUCUUCUUAGUGAUUAUUCUAAAUAUGCAUCUGAUCCUGAAUCUUUAGGUAAAUAUUAUCCUUAUAUGAAACAAUCUCCUUAUGUUGCACAGUCGACACAUGGUUCUUCAGAUGAUAUCUACUUAUUGAAAACAAACAUAGCAAAUCAUCUGCAUACUGUUUUAAACUCUUACUUAAAGAGCACUUAUGGAUCAACAUACUUGGGAAAGAAAGAUCUUAAAGAGGAGGAGAAUCAAGGCUACAAACUAGAAUCAUUUAGUUUGCAUGAGAGGCGACAUGGUCCUAGUAUGUGGCUGCGGAUAGGAGGACCAUUAGGCACCACAGACAUAGAUCUCUGUUUCUGUAUUGAACAUAAACCUGGAUCUGUUAUGGUAACUGUUCAAAUACCUAUUAAAUUCUGGAAUGAAUCAAUAGUGCACACCCUGCACCCAGCAACUAACCAAACAUUACCUACUCGAAAUCAUAAACAACUUUUCCUACUUAUGAAAUAUAUAUCCCACCUGUAUAAGAAGAUACACUGGUAUCUCGACCAUAAACAUCCACACUACGAUCUCAUCUCCUCCUACUCCUACAAACUGCUGGUGAUGAAACAUCAGCAAAACUGCAAAGAAUCUGACUCUAAUGUAGGAAAAUGCUUUGAGGAUGUUGUGGAAUAUAUAUUUAAUCAGUUCAGACAAGAAGGUGAUGCUUCAAACCAGUAUAUAUUAUCUAAUUGGGGCACCAACAAGAAAAUAUGUCUACCAGACACUUAUUACCCCAACAGGAUGGUAAAUGUCACGUGCAGUGGCUACAAUGGAAGUGAACUUACACUACUCCUGUGGGUGUUGAAACAUGUCAAACAUACUAGGGACACUCAAUGGUGGAACCAACUGAUGGAUGAUGACUUCCCAAACAACGUGAAAUCUGGCGAUGUAUUACACUCCCUGUUAAACUCAGUCCAACAAUCGUUUGGAUAUUUUAAAAGUAAACAACAUGAGCACAUUAAUUGGCAACAUGAGGAUGACACUCAGACACAACUCAAAUUCACUGAUCGAAAGUCUGAUCAAGGGUCUUAUCAAGAGUCUGAUCAAGAGUUUGAUCAAGAGUUUGAUCAAGAGUCUGAUCAAGACUCUGACCAAGAGUCUUAUCAAGAGUUUGAUCAAGGGUCUUAUCAAGAGUCUGAUCAAGGGUCUUAUCAAGAGUCUGAUCAAGAGUUUGAUCAAGAGUUUGAUCAAGAGUCUGAUCAAGAGUCUGAUCAAGAGUCUGACCAAGAGUCUUAUCAAGAGUUUGAUCAAGAGUUUGAUCAAGAGUCUGAUCAAGACUCUGACCAAGAGUCUUAUCAAGAGUUUGAUCAAGGGUCUUAUCAAGAGUCUGACCAAGAGUCUUAUCAAGAGUCUGAUCAAGAGUUUGAUCAAGAGUCUGAUCAAGAGUUUGAUCAAGAGUCUGAUCAAGAGUCUGACCAAGAGUCUUAUCAAAAGUUUGAUCAAGGGUCUUAUCAAGAGUCUGACCAAGAGUCUUAUCAAGAGUCUGAUCAAGAGUUUGAUCGAGAGUCUUAUCAAGAGUUUGAUCAAGAGUCUGAUCAAGAGUCUGACUAGAGUCAAGAGUGUCAACCGUGCCGGCUUGUUGCUAGUGCACCACAGGAGUUUGAUUGCAAUAAACCUUGAUGUCUCUCAAAAGAAUUAUGUGAGUGUUAGUGCGCUCUACUGAGAUUUUUUGUUGAAAACACAUGAGCACUACAGGGCUUAUUGUUCUUUUUAUUGAUGCCUGUGGAUAAACCUCAUUAAAAAUUAUGCAAUUCACUAGCACCAUGGGCAUACAAAAAUACAUUAUGUUAGUCAAUAAAAUCUAAAAGUGACAAAAUCAAGAAAACAAAAAUUCAUACCAAAUUCUUCUACCAGAAGUUCGGCCAUGCUAAAACAAAGACAUCAUGUCUUCAUUUCCAGUUGAACUCAAGUGACCAUGAGGGUGAUUUAUUGAUUUAUUAUACAACAUGAUCUGAAAUGUCAUAAAUGGCAUGUUACAAUGAUAGCCAAAGUUCAG